AUGUCGAGUGUUCCAGACUGGGUUCUGGAUUCUAAGCUUGAGACUCAUUUCCUGCCUGGCAGCAAGCACGAGACAGUGCAUACCUACUAUGAGCAGGAAUCCCUUUCCCAGCGGCCAAUCAAGAAAUCCGAAUAUUGGCAGCGGGAGAGGAAGAUCGGUGGUGGUGGGUUUGGAGAAGUGUGGCUGGAGAAAUGCACAAACGUAAAGAAUAAUGGCCAUCAUGUCCGCGCAACAAAGCAGAUGGAAGUGGACCAGCAGAUAGACUACGCCCAUCAGCAGUAUGAGCGGUGUUUUGUCAAGUCUUUUGGGUGGUACCAGAACGAAGCGAGCUUCGUCAUUGCAAUGGAAUAUCUUGAGCUUGGGGAUCUACAUGAUUAUUUGCUCAACAAGAAGCAGCCGCUACCGGAAAUUGAGACGCGGUGCAUAAUGUCCCAAAUUCUUGAGGGGCUUGAUUUAAUGCACGAUAAUGGCUUUGCACAUCGUGAUUUGAAGCGCAGGAAUAUCCUUCUAAGAUCCUGUCCACCGGAUGACUGGUGGGUAAAAAUCGCGGACUUUGGGAUCAGCAAACGUAUUGAAGACGGUCUUGGAAAAUCAACUACCCUAAAGGAGGAACUCCAUAUGCGGUUGACAUUUGGGCGACUGGAGAGGUUAUGUUUCCAACCCGCAUUCAAGCAUCUUGGAUUGCUCUCCAACUAUGUCCAAACGCGUAUGGUCUUUCCUGCCAAUCCACUCUCGACCAACGGGGUCAGUCAACCUGGAGUUGCAUUUGUCUUAGGUCUUAUGGACCCUAGCCCGGGAGGUAGAAUGUCAGCCAAAGAUGCUUUACAACACAGGUGGAUUGCUCAGCCGUUGCCCUACAAUAAUCACAAUUCAGCUACACUUGCGUAUCAAGAGGAACAUACUACAUCAUUGAUUGACUAA